AUGAAGCGCCAACAGGCCACCAUCUCUCGGUUCUUCGCGCGCAAGCCGACCCCAGCGCAACCACCCCCGCUUCCCACCUCUCCCGCGCCAUCCCCUUCCCCCUCACAGCCGCCAGGCGCCGUCCGCGUCACCACUCCGCCAUCCCUCCUCCGCCCGCCGCGCUCCUCCUCCGCCGCCGCCACCAGCGCCGACGGUCGCGGUGAUCGUCGCGGUGGUGAUGGUGGCGGCGGUGGCGGCGGUGGUAGCGGGGGCUUGAAAGAGAUCGGAUCGGCGGAAGCAGAAAUUGAGAAUGGGGGAACCGCGGGGGCAGCUGGGGAAGGUCGGGGUUGGCGGAGAACAGGAAGCGGGGGAGAGCGGGGGAGUGGGGGCGGAAAGGAUUGGGGGGCGGAGGGGAAGGCGGAGGGGAAAGGGGAUGAGGUAGGAGCGGAGGGGGAAGGCGGAGGAGUGGUGUUCAAGCGGACGCGGGCGCGGGGAAGGAGGGCAUCGCGGAGAUUAAUGACGGAUGGGGGGAACGAUGGGGGGUCGGAUGGGGAUGAUAGGGGAAAGGAAGAAGAAGGAAUUGAGGAGCGAAUGGGGAUGGAGUGGGGGGAAGGUGAGCGACGGAGUAAGAGGGCAAAGGGGGGAAGCACAGGGGCGGAGGAGGUGGGAGCAGGGGCAGGGAGAGGGGCAUGGGAGGAUGAAAUUGAAGAAAAGAGAACGGAACUUGCGGAAGGAGAAAGGGGCCAGGCCCUCAUAGCACCUUCUGCUCCUGCUGCUCCUGCUGCUCCUUCUGCUCCCACAACCACCACUGCCACCCCACUCUCAGCCAUUCGAGCCAGCUUCCUUAAGAGACUUGACUCCCACCCUUCCGAAAGAAUUGUUUCUCAUACUUCCGCUCCUCCCUCCGCACCCACUACCACCACCAAAGAGGGCAGCGAUUUCAUCCCCGGUAUAAGCCUGCCCCUGCCAGGAACAAAGCUCACCCCGUUAGAGGAGCAGGUCGUGGCUCUCAAACGCCGCCACCCGGACGUGCUCCUAUUGGUCGAGGUCGGCUACAAGUUCCGAUUUUUCGCGGCCGAUGCUGACGUGGCGGCGCGGGUUCUCGGCAUCUACUGCCACGUGGACAGGGCGUUUCUGACGGCGUCGAUCUCCACGUUCCGCCUGCACGUGCACGUGAGGCGGCUCGUGGAGGCGGGCUUUAAGGUGGGCGUGGUGCGGCAGAGCGAGACGGCGGCGAUUAAAGCCCACGGGAGCAACAAGGCCGGCCCGUUCGGGCGGCAUUUGUCGGCAUUAUACACGCGGGCAACGUUGGAAGCGGGGGAGGAUCUGGGAGGGGAAGGAGGGGAGGGAGGGGAAGGGGGAGUGGGUGAAGGGGCCGGGAAUGCGGGAGGGGGAGGGGGGAUGGGGGGAAGGCUGAGUAGUUACCUCGUUUGUAUUGCAGAGGAGAGCAUUGGAGAGGGAAGGAAGGGGAAGAGGGAAGGAAGGAAGGGAGGUGGUGCUGGUGGUAGCACUGCUGCUGCUGCUUCCUCUCCUGGCCCGUCCCCACCAGCCACGGAUUUGGACUCGUCUCAAGGCUGGGAAAGAGGCUCGGAAGCAGGCAUGGGAGCAGGCUCUGUAGCAGGUUCGGAGGGCGAUGUGCGGAUAGGGCUGGUGGCAGUGGAGACGUCAACAGGUGACGUGGCACAGGGGUGCUUUGCUGAUGGUGUGCUGCGGGGGGAGCUGGAGACCCACCUCGCCCACUUCGCCCCCACUGAGAUCGUGCUCACUGGAACCAUCUCGCCAGCCACUCACAAGCUCCUGUCAUACCUGUCUUGUCGAGACCCUGCCCCGAGAAUCACCACCGCAGGGGUCGAUGGGAUCUCAGGUGCUGCUGUGAGUGGGGGAGGGCCUGGGAAUGCUGGGGUUGGUGGCGGCAGCAACAGCAAAGGCAGCGGCAGCAGCACGUGUGGGGUGCGUGCAGCUCUUGCAGAGUUCUUUGCUACGUUGCCAAGCGGGGCUGCUUGUACAGAGGACGCAGGCAAGGGGCAUGAGAAUAAAGAUGAAGAGAGGACGGAGGAGGGGGAGGAGCAGCAGCAGGAGCCUGAGCGUCGUCAACAGGAGGAGCAGCAGCAGGAGCCUGAGCGUCGUCAACAGGAUGAGCAGCAGGGGGAGGUGGAUCCAGCAGUGGAGGCGGUGCUCUCCAUGCCACCGGUGCUGCUCAGAGCGCUCGCUGCUGCUGUGGACUAUCUGAGGGAGUUCAACCUGCACCACGUGCUCGCACUGGGCGGCGGCUUUCGUCCUCUCUGCACCGGCCACCAGAUGACUCUCUCCUCUAAUGCUCUCGAGCAGCUCGAGGCGCGCGCGUGGACCAAGGCGCGCACGUGGACCAAGGCGCGCGCGUGGACCAAGGCGCGCGCAUGGACCAAGGCGCGCGUGUGGACCAAGGCGCGCGUGUGGACCAAGGCGCGCGCGUGGACCAAGGCGCGCCCGUGGACCAAUGCGCGCCCGUGGACCAAGGCGCGCCCGUGGACCAAGGCGCGCCCGUGGACCAAGGCACGCGCGUGGACCAAGGCGCGCCCGUGGACCAACCAAGGUGCGCCCGUGGACCAGGGCGCGCGCGUGGACCAGGGCGCGCGCGUGGACCAGGGCGCGCGCGUGGACCAGGGCGCGCCCGUGGACCAAGGCGCGCCCGUGGACCAAGGCGCGCGCGUGGACCAAGGCGCGCGCGUGGACCAACCAAGGCGCGCGCGUGGACCAGGGCGCGCGUGUGGACCAGGGCGCGCGCGUGGACCAGGGCGCGCGCGUGGACCAGGGCGCGCGCGUGGACCAGGGCGCGCGCGUGGACCAGGGCGCGCGCGCGGACCAAGGCGCGCGCGCGGACCAAGGCGCGCGCGCGGACCAAGGCGCGCGCGCCUGGACCAAGGCGCGCGCGCCUGGACCAAGGCGCGCGCCCGGACCAAGGCGCGCGCCCGGACCAACGCGCGCGCCCGGACCAACGCGCGCGCCCGGACCAACGCGCGCGCCCGGACCAACGCGCGCGCCCGGACCAACGCGCGCGCCCGGACCAACGCGCGCGCCCGGACCAACGCGCGCGCCCGGACCAACGCGCGCGCCCGGACCAACGCGCGCGCCCGGACCAACGCGCGCGCCCGGACCAACGCGCGCGCCCGGACCAACGCGCGCCCCUGGACCAUCCCGCGCCCCUGGACCAAAGCGCGCCCCUGGACCAACGCGCGCGCCUGGACCAACGCGCGCGCCUGGACCAACGCGCGCGCCUGGACCAACGCGCGCGCCUGGACCAACGCGCGCGCCUGGACCAACGCGCGCCCCCGGACCAUCGCGCGCCCCUGGACCAACGCGCGCCCCUGGACCAACGCGCGCCCCUGGACCAACGCGCGCCCCUGGACCAACGCGCGCGCCUGGACCAACGCGCGCCCCUGGACCAACGCGCGCCCCUGGACCAACGCGCGCGCCUGGACCAACGCGCGCCCCUGGACCAACGCGCGCCCCUGGACCAACGCGCGCCCCUGGACCAACGCGCGCCCCUGGACCAACGCGCGCCCCUGGACCAAAGCGCGCCUCUGGACCAACGCGCGCGCCUGGACCAACGCGCGCGCCUGGACCAACGCGCGCGCCUGGACCAACGCGCGCGCCUGGACCAACGCGCGCGCCUGGACCAACGCGCGCGCCUGGACCAACGCGCGCGCCUGGACCAACGCGCGCGCCUGGACCAACGCGCGCGCCUGGACCAACGCGCGCGCCUGGACCAACGCGCGCCCCUGGAUCAACGCGCGCCCCUGGACCAACGCGCGCCCCUGGACCAACGCGCGCCCCUGGACCAACGCGCGCCCCUGGACCAACGCGCGCCCCUGGACCAACGCGCGCGCCUGGACCAACGCGCGCGCCUGGACCAACGCGCGCCCCUGGACCAACGCGCGCGCCUGUACCAACGCGCGCGCCUGGACCAACGCGCGCCCCUUGACCAACGCGCUCCCCUGGACCAACGCGCGCCCCUGGACCAACGCGCGCGCCGGACCAACGCGCGCGCCCGGACCAACGCGCGCGCCCGGACCAACGCGCGCCCGGACCAACGCGCGCGCCCGGACCAACGCGCGCGCCCGGACCAACGCGCGCGCCCGGACCAACGCGCGCGCCCGGACCAACGCGCGCGCCCGGACCAACGCGCGCCCCUGGACCAACGCGCGCGCCUGGACCAACGCGCGCCCCUGGACCAACGGGCGCGCCUGGACCAACGCGCGCGCCUGGACCAACGCGCGCCCCUGGACCAACGCGCGCGCCUGGACCAACGCGCGCGCCUCGACCCGCGCGCGCCCCUCGACCAACGCGCGCGCCCCGAGACCAACGCGCGCGCCCCGAGACCAACGCGCGCGCCCCGACCAACGCGCGCCCCUGGACCAACGCGCGCGCCCCGACCAACGCGCGCCCCUGGACCAACGCGCGCGCCUGGACCAACGCGCGCCCCUGGACCAACGCGCGCCCCUGGACCAACGCGCGCGCCUGGACCAACGCGCGCGCCUGGACCAACGCGCGCGCCUGGACCAACGCGCGCGCCUGGACCAACGCGCGCCCCUGGACCAACGCGCGCCCCUGGACCAACGCGCGCCCCUGGACCAACGCGCGCCCCUGGACCAACGCGCGCGCCUGGACCAACGCGCGCCCCUGGACCAACGCGCGCGCCUGGACCAACGCGCGCGCCUGGACCAACGCGCGCGCCUGGACCAACGCGCGCGCCUGGACCAACGCGCGCGCCUAGACCAACGCGCGCGCCUGGACCAACGCGCGCCCCUGGACCAACGCGCGCCCCUGGACCAACGCGCGCGCCUGGACCAACGCGCGCGCCUGGACCAACGCGCGCCCCUGGACCAACGCGCGCGCCUGGACCAACGCGCGCGCCUGGACCAACGCGCGCCCCUGGACCAACGCGCGCCCCUGGACCAACGCGCGCCCCUGGACCAACGCGCGCCCCUGGACCAACGCGCGCGCCUGGACCAAAGCGCGCCCCUGGACCAACGCGCGCGCCUGGACCAACGCGCGCGCCUGGACCAACGCGCGCGCCUGGACCAACGCGCGCCCCUGGACCAACGCGCGCGCCUGUACCAACGCGCGCGCCUGGACCAACGCGCGCCCCUUGACCAACGCGCUCCCCUGGACCAACGCGCGCCCCUGGACCAACGCGCGCGCCGGACCAACGCGCGCGCCCGGACCAACGCGCGCGCCCGGACCAACGCGCGCCCGGACCAACGCGCGCGCCCGGACCAACGCGCGCGCCCGGACCAACGCGCGCGCCCGGACCAACGCGCGCGCCCGGACCAACGCGCGCGCCCGGACCAACGCGCGCCCCUGGACCAACGCGCGCGCCUGGACCAACGCGCGCCCCUGGACCAACGGGCGCGCCUGGACCAACGCGCGCGCCUGGACCAACGCGCGCCCCUGGACCAACGCGCGCGCCUGGACCAACGCGCGCGCCUCGACCCGCGCGCGCCCCUCGACCAACGCGCGCGCCCCGAGACCAACGCGUGCGCCCCGAGACCAACGCGCGCGCCCCGACCAACGCGCGCCCCUGGACCAACGCGCGCGCCCCGACCAACGCGCGCCCCUGGACCAACGCGCGCGCCUGGACCAACGCGCGCCCCUGGACCAACGCGCGCCCCUGGACCAACGCGCGCGCCUGGACCAACGCGCGCGCCUGGACCAACGCGCGCGCCUGGACCAACGCGCGCGCCUGGACCAACGCGCGCGCCUGGACCAACGCGCGCGCCUGGACCAACGCGCGCGCCUGGACCAACGCGCGCCCCUGGACCAACGCGCGCCCCUGGACCAACGCGCGCCCCUGGACCAACGCGCGCCCCUGGACGAACGCGCGCCCCUGGACGAACGCGCGCCCCUGGACGAACGCGCGCGCCUGGACGAACGCGCGCGCCUGGACGAACGCGCGCGCCUGGACGAACGCGCGCGCCUGGACCAACGCGCGCGCCUGGACCAACGCGCGCGCCUGGACCAACGCGCGCGCCUGGACCAACGCGCGCCCCUGGACCAACGCGCGCCCCUGGACCAACGCGCGCGCCUGGACCAACGCGCGCGCCUGGACCAACGCGCGCCCCUGGACCAACGCGCGCGCCUGGACCAACGCGCGCGCCUGGACCAACGCGCGCCCCUGGACCAACGCGCGCCCCUGGACCAACGCGCGCCCCUGGACCAACGCGCGCCCCUGGACCAACGCGCGCGCCUGGACCAACGCGCGCGCCUGGACCAACGCGCGCGCCUGGACCAACGCGCGCGCCUGGACCAACGCGCGCCCCUGGACCAACGCGCGCCCCUGGACCAACGCGCGCCCCUGGACCAACGCGCGCGCCUGGACCAACGCGCGCCCCUGGACCAACGCCUGGACCAACGCGCGCGCCUGGACCAACGCGCGCGCCUGGACCAACGCGCGCGCCUGGACCAACGCGCGCGCCUGGACCAACGCGCGCGCCUGGACCAACGCGCGCGCCUACCAACGCGCGCCCCUGGACCAACGCGCGCGCCUGGAUUAACGCGCGCGCCUUGACCAACGGGCGCGCCUGGACCAACGCGCGCGCCUGGACCAACGCGCGCCCCUGGACCAACGCGCGCGCCCCGACCAACGCGCGCGCCUGGACCAACGCGCGCCCCUGGACCAACGCGCGCGCCCCGACCAACGCGCGCGCCUGGACCAACGCGCGCCCCUGGACCAACGCGCGCGCCUGGACCAACGCGCGCGCCUGGACCAACGCGCGCGCCUGGACCAACGCCCGCGCCUGGACCAACGCGCACGCCUGGACCAACGCGCGCCCCUUGACCAACGCGCGCCCCUGGACCAACGCGCGCCCCUGGACCAACGCGCGCCCCUGGACCAACGCGCGCGCCUGGACCGACGCGCGCGCCUGGACCGACGCGCGCGCCUGGACCGACGCGCGCGCCUGGACCGACGCGCGCGCCUGGACCGACGCGCGCGCCUGGACCGACGCGCGCCCCUCGACCGACGCGCGCCCCUCGACCGACGCGCGCCGCUGGACCGACGCGCGCCCCUGGACCGACGCGCGCCCUUGGACCGACGCGCUCCCCUGGACCGACGCGCGCCCCUGGACCGACGCGCGCGCCUGGACCGACGCGCGCCCCUGGACCAACAGGCGCCCCUGGACCAACGCGCGCCCCUGGACCAACGCGCGCGCCUGGACCAACGCGCGCGCCUGGACCAACGCGCGCGCCUGGACCAACGCGCGCGCCUGGACCAACGCGCGCCCCUGGACCAACGCGCGCGCCUGGACCAACGCGCGCCCCUGGACCAACGCGCGCGCCUGGACCAACGCGCGCCCCUGGACCAACGCGCGCCCCUGGACCAACGCGCGCGCCUGGACCAACGCGCGCGCCUGGACCAACGCGCGCGCCUGGACCAACGCGCGCGCCUGGACCAACGCGCGCGCCUGGACCAACGCGCGCGCCUGGACCAACGCGCGCGCCUGGACCAACGCGCGCCUGGACAACGCGCGCGCCUGUACCAACGCGCGCGCCUGGACCAACGCGCGCGCCUGGACCAACGCGCGCGCCUGGACCAACGCGCGCGCCUGUACCAACGCGCGCCCCUGGACCAACGCGAGCCCCUGGACCAACGCGCGCGCCUGGACCAACGCGCGCGCCUGGACCAACGCGCGCCCCUGGACCAACGCGCGCCCGGACCAGCGCGCGCCCGGACCAACGCGCGCGCCCGGACCAACGCGCGCGCCCGGACCAACGCGCGCGCCCGGACCAACGCGCGCGCCCGGACCAGCGCGCGCCCGGACCAACGCGCGCGCCCGGACCAACGCGCGCGCCCGGACCAACGCGCGCGCCCGGACCAACGCGCGCGCCCGGACCAACGCGCGCGCCCGGACCAACGCGCACGCCUGGACCAACGCGCGCCCCCAGACCAACGCGCGCGCCUGGAUUAACGCGCGCGCCUUGACCAACGGGCGCGCCUGGACCAACGCGCGCGCCUGGACCAACGCGCGCCCCUCGACCAACGCGCGCGCCUGGACCAACGCGCGCGCCUGGACCAACGCGCGCGCCUGGACCAACGCGCGCCCCUCGACCAACGCGCGCGCCCCUCGACCAACGCGCGCGCCCCGACCAACGCGCGCCCCUGGACCAACGCGCGCGCCUGGACCAACGCGCGCGCCUGGACCAACGCGCGCCCCUGGACCAACGCGCGCGCCUGGACCAACGCGCGCGCCUGGACCAACGCGCGCGCCUGGACCAACGCGCGCGCCUGGACCAACGCGCGCGCCUGGACCAACGCGCGCGCCUGGACCAACAGGGCGCGCCCCUUGA